AGAAAAAUAGACAAAAUGUAUUUAUUGAGAUUUUUAAAUUUGUAUAAGUUUACUUUUUCAGGUUUAAAUUGUUAUUCGCACAAGCGCAAUUUUAUAAGUUGCAUCUUAAUUAAUGGAACUAUGGGGAUAGUAGACGUUCCUACUUAAUACAGUCACACCUCUGAAUAAUGGCCACUGAUUGGAACAUAAAAAAAAAAUGGUCGUCUUUGGAGGUUCGACUGCGUCUUGCCUAUCACGAAAGGCUGCAGAUAAGGUUGCCUCACAAUUUUUUCAGUUAUUUCCUUCCAAAUUCCCGAGAAACUUGUCAUCGUGGUCAAACCAAACUUGCUAAAUAAUGUUAAUAUAAAUAAUAAUUCAGCAUUAACGAUAGAAACGAACUGCAAUUAAGACAAUACGAAAACAAUUGUCAUAGAAGCGCGAGAGUUUAAUAAAUCAAAACAAUACUAUAAACGUCACACUCAAUUACCGUAUUGUUCUAAGUAGUAUCCAGUAAAAUUUAAAUUUAUUAAUUAUGAGCUCAUAAUUCGUUAAUUCGCACACUAAAACACACGAAUAAUACACGUAUAACCGUAUUCCGUGUAAAAAAAAAAAUCGAGUGCGGGAAAUCGUGACGUUAUCUAGUGGCACGUGAUACAGAUUACAAAAUAAAUCUGUAUAAAUCACAAGAGUAACGCGCCUAGUGUUAAUCUGAUACGUAACCUCAACAUCCCGCACAUUAACAAUUCACCGGGAGAUAAUUUGUUUAAAGCAACGUUCCCUUCUGCAUCUAUGACGUAAGCAUGUGUGCUGCUUCGUUUCACCAUCAGAGACGGUGCUGAAAGAGGAUCGAUAAGGAAAUGGUUCUGUGGAUUGCUUGAUCUGUUCUUGCCAUCGCCAUGGUGCUUUGGAUACUUCCUUUACUAUUUUCUGUUGCUGUAACUCUUGAUCUAAGUUUGGAUAAGCAAAUCAAUGAGAAAGCUACCAUGGAAGCCAUAACACCAAGUGCUGCCUCUCAGGAAAAACAAUUGACAAGUGAAGAUUCUACAUCAUCAUCAAAUGAACCAUUUGACAAAGAAGUGGCACCAGCAUUUACAUUCCAUGCUUGGGAUUUGGAUGGAAAAAUAUGUAUUCUUGCCAAAUUUCUUGCCACCUUUACCAUUGUAUAUCCUAGUCAAGGAGGAGAUCUGAGUGUUUCGGUCAAUUUACCGGAUACUGCAAGAACAAAAGGGACAUGUGAAAGUCAGACAGAUAAUCCAGUAUUAGAAUUAUCGUGGUCAGAUUUUCGUUUAAGCAUGAUAUUCACCAGAGUUCCAUCAAAAGACAAAAAAGUUCCAGACAAUUGGAUUAUCAGUUCUAUUGAAUUAUUUUACAAUACUACUAUACCUUUGUUUGAUGAAGCAAUAAAUGCGGGUAGUAAGACAGCCAGAAGCGAAGAUAACCUCACUCAAUUUGAAACUUCAAUAGGAAAGUCUUACUUUUGCCCAUCACCUGAAGUAAUUCCAUUAUAUGAUACUAAGAAAGAUAAAGUAGCAACAGCCAGACUACAAGAUGUAAGAAUUCAACCAUUUGGAAUUUCAAAGGGAGGUUUUUCACAAGUCCAGAGAUGUAGUCAAGUUCGGAUAGGAGGAAUGCCCGAACCAUUUGCCCAAGAUGAGACUGUUCCAAUAGCUGUUGGUAGUACACUUACUGUUUUGGCAAUUAUUGUGAUCCUUGGUUAUGCAUUACAUAGAUCAAUGGCUGUACAAAGAGUUGAUUAUAGUACAAUGGAAUAAGAAAUUUGAUCUCUAGCAGUUUUUGCAAUAUCAUUCAGUUGAUAAUAUAUUUUUAAAUGAUAGGAUCCCGCAGAUUUAAAUAUUCUUUUAAGAAGAAACAAAAUCCGUAUAUCUAAAACAAAGAAAGAUAUGUAAAUGGCCAAAAGAUUCAAAACAUUAACAUCAGGAGACAAAGUCAAAUUCCAGUAGGAGUUACGUUAAGAAAGUUUCUUUGCUAAACCAAUAUAAUUUCAAAUAACAUUACAAGAAAACAUAUCAGUAAUAUAACAUUUCUAAAUUUUACCCUAAAAAUUUUAAAUCCAAAUAUAGAUCAGAGUUGAAUUAUUUCAUUUUAUACAUUAUUGCAAUAAAAUUUUACUAUAAAAAUGAAUAUUCUUGCAUCUGAAACAAACACAGCAUUACUUAAAUUCUCUUUAUAAUUGCAUCAAAAAAGUACAUGCACUGACAAAAUUAUAUAUUAAAGCAUUGAACUGCAACGAUUAUGUUACAGACCAUUUUCUUUUUAGUGACGAGAGGCUCGCAAUCCGUGGCAUCAUUAAUUCCAAACCAUGAUUGGAAUUUAGAUAAUUUAAUACAUUUAUAAGAAGGAUUGUGGCAACGAUUAUGCAUGCCAUAUGUAUCUUUUCUGUCAGUCAAAAGUGCCAAUUGUAUAAUAUUCCAAUUAUUCUAGAAUAAUAUAUAUAUAUAUGUAUAGCACUAUCAGUAAAGCUAUAGUGAUGUAUACGUGUUAAACAGUUUGGAAUUUCCAUAGUCUUUAAAAAUUUGAAAUUUAUCUCUAGGAAUAAAGAUGAAUUUUGGUUUCAGAUUCAAGGUAAAAAUUUUAGAAAAAGCUGAUAUAAAAUUAAUAAUCCAUCUCUACAUCUAUAUUUAAGGAUGAAAUUCAAAAACUGUGUCAAAUUUAAUUCCCAUUUCAAUCCAGUCUUCCAUAUGUAAAUUGAGUUAAAGCCAUCGAACAAUGAAUAAAAUUUCUUUAAAGGGACCAUUAUUUUGGGUUUCUUAGUCGUAACACCAUUUAAAUUUUAAAUGGAAAACUUCUCUAUUAUAAGUCUCUGUACAGACUAUUACUGGGCUUCCAUUUAUUCAAUUACUGUACAAUAUUUUAUAAAGAAAAAUUUCAGAAAAUACAUUUAAAUAUUAAGUAAAAAGAAAGGAAAAAAAAAAAGUGAAAUUUGUCCUUAGCUUGCCAUUAAUAUUGAAUGUAUGUAUAACAACUGAAUCUUUGUUGUUGUUGUAUAUUGGUAAAUGUAAAUGAAUUUCUGUGUUUAAUAACUCAUAUCUACCGUUUGUAGUUUUAAAUGUAUUUUGUUUUACAUUUAGAUGAUUUCUGUAAUAAAAUUUUAUUAAAAUAUAUUGUGGUAAUAAAAUGUAAUAAUUUACAUUAUAUAGUUUAAACUGUAAGAGCCUUGGUGCUUA